AUGUCCUUACCAACACAUUUAACUGCUAAUGCUUCACAAUUACCUUUUUUCUGUUCAUCAAAUUCACUUAUAUUCUAUCUUGAUGAUCCCAGUUCAUUCUCUCAAGUAUUAACACUUUACAAUCCAUACGACUUUGUUGUUCGUUAUAAAGUAUUAUGUACAGCUCCAAAAAAAUAUUCAUUUGCUGAACCACAAGGAGAAAUUCGUGCACAACAUUCUGUAGAUACUAUUGUACGUCUUCUUGAUACAUCAUCAUCAUCAACAAAUCAGAAUGUUGUGCAUAAAAUUCGUGUACAAUUUUUUGAUCGUCGAAAAUCUCAAGAUCUUAUUGGUAAACGAGAUAUAACUUGUUCAAUUUUAUCUUAUAAACCAUUGGAACAAAAUUUUGAUGACGAACCUAAUAUAACUGGUACAACAAGAAGAAAUCGAUCGAAUACAACAACAACAACAACGACAACAACUAAUCCAAUAACUGUUACACAACAAGAAACACGAGAUCCAGUGGUUGUUAUUAUUUUAACUAUACUUGGUGCCCUAUGUGCAUUUGUUCUUGUAUUACCAACAAUACCAGAUAAUGAAAAUAGUAGUUUCAGUACACGUAUACCAUCAUAUUUACAUAUGACUACUAAUUCAAAAGUAAUUGCAAGUUAUAUACUCGGUCUCUUAACAGUGGUUUUGAUUCGACGAUAA